GGUUUUUCUGGCCUUUAUCACGCGAAUACCAGUUGAAUAUAAUAGUCAUACUUAAAAUGUCGAGAUAAUUACGUUAUUUUCUCAUCAAAUGUUUUUUUUAAUUGGCAAGUGGUAUAAUAAAUAACACUUUAGAUUAGAAUUUUCAUUCAUUCGGUUGAAAAUUUUAAAUAAUCAUCACGAAAACCUAUUUUUUAACUUUUUUUAUAAACCUAAUCAUGUUGAAACGAAGUUUAUGUGUUUUUUUAGGAUUAUUUUUUAUUGAAUUACUUAAAGCUGAAGAAUUACCGAAUUAUAUUAAAAAAUGUAAAUUGUCCGAUCCAAAUAUGAACGAAUGUUUUGUUAAAAACGCCAACGAUGCCAUUCCAACACUCGUUAAAGGAGACCCAACGUUUAAAUUAAUCAAUAUGUCACCGGUUGUUAUUCCAGCUGUUAAUUUGGGAUCAGGGCCAAAUUUGGAAAUGAAAUUAACCCAAGUCACCAGCAAUAAUAUUAAAGAUUUUCGUUUAUCUAAAGCAAAUUUUGAUUUAAAAUCGAAUAAGAUUUGGUUAAAUUCGAAAAUGGACCGUUUGGAAGUGAUUUCGAAUUAUUUCAUUAAAGGACAAAUCUUAGUAUUACCGAUAAACGGGGAGGGAAAAUCAAAUAUAACAUUUAUUGGAAAUGAUAUGACUUAUGAAGCCGAUAUUGGAUCGAAAGAUAUAAACGGAAUAAAAUAUUACACGAUUGAAAAUCCAACGUUAAAAGCUGUGCCAGAUAAAGUUUAUUUUCACUUUGAUAAUUUAUUUGGUGGUGAUCCUAAUUUAGGAAAGCAAAUGAACAAUUUCUUAGAUGAGAAUUGGUCUGAUUUUUACGACGAACUUAAACCAGCUUUACAGAAAGCGAUGGAAGCCGUCGUUACAAACGUUUUUAAAGUUUAUUUUGCAAAAGUUCCUGCUGAUAAAUUGUUUGAAUAAUUCAAAAUGUUUUUUGUUAAAGUUUAUUUUGGUUAAGUUUUCUAAUACAGGUGAUUUUUAUGUAUCAAUUAAAACAAAAUAAAACAAAAUUUAAUACCUU